GGAUUUAUUUCACAUAAGAAUAUAACAGCUCAUAUUUUCUUGGAUAUAAAAUUCACCACUUCAACAAAAACACCCUCGAUUAUUCAUUUUUCAUUAUUCUACAAACUCAAUACUCCACCAAUUCUAUUCAUUUUUUUCCUCUAUAAAAUUACAACAAACUCUUCAUUCAUUAACCUUGUUCUAUAAUUUCUGCCAAAUUUCAAAGAGAAAACAAAUGCUUCAUUCUAUCUCAUCAAUGGCAGCAAUCAAGCUAACAACCCAGCUAAAAGCUAGCCCAAUCACGCCGUUUCACUGCCCCAACUCAACUCGGUCGACUCGGCCGACUCGAGUUGGGUUCAAAGUAUUCGCAACCGAAUCGCAAGUGGAGCCGGAUCUUAGUGUUAAGGUUAACGGGUUGACGAUGCCAAACCCGUUUGUGAUCGGGUCGGGUCCACCCGGGACUAACUACACUGUUAUGAAGAAGGCCUUUGAUGAAGGAUGGGGUGCUGUUAUUGCUAAAACUGUUUCAUUGGAGGCUGAUAAAGUUAUAAAUGUAACUCCUCGCUAUGCACGAUUAAAAGUUGCUAACGGCUCCCCAAAAGGACAAAUAAUUGGAUGGGAAAACAUUGAGCUCAUUAGUGAUCGGCCCCUUGAAACUAUGUUGAAAGAAUUUAAGCAGUUGAAGGAAGAAUAUCCUAACAGAAUUUUGAUUGCUUCAAUCAUGGAAGAAUAUAACAAAGCUGCAUGGGAGGAGCUUAUUGACCAAGUCGAACAAACAGGAAUUGAUGCAAUUGAAAUCAACUUCUCAUGUCCUCAUGGUAUGCCAGAGCGUAAGAUGGGUUCUGCUGUAGGAAAGGACUGUGCAUUGAUAGAGGAGAUCAGCGGCUGGAUAAAUGCUAAAGCUACUGUUCCAGUGUGGGCAAAGAUGACCCCCAACGUCACUGAUAUCACAGAGCCAGCAAGGGUGGCUCUUAAAUCAGGAUGUGAAGGAAUUGCUGCUAUCAAUACAAUUGAGAGUGUUAUGGGGAUCAAUCUCACUACCCUUCGCCCUGAACCCUGUGUUGAGGGGUACUCAACCCCUGGUGGAUAUUCUUCAAAGGCGGUUCAUCCUAUUGCACUUGCAAAAGUGAUGAGUAUUGCAAAGAUGAUGCAGGCAGAUUUUAGUCCUGAACAUUCCUUGUCUGGAAUUGGAGGUGUUGAGACUGGGGGUGAUGCUGCUGAAUUUAUUCUUCUUGGAGCAAAUACUGUUCAGGUCUGCACAGGAGUCAUGAUGCAUGGGUAUGGUCAUGUGAAGAAGCUAUGCUCUGAACUAAAGGACUUCAUGAGAACACAUAAUUUCUUGUCGAUAGAAGAUUUUCGAGGUGCUUCUUUACCAUACUUCACAACACACACGGAAUUGGUACGAAUGCAGAAGGAAGCUAUACAGCAAAGAAAAGCUACCAGAAAAGGUUUGGCAUCUGAUAAAGACUGGACAGGAGAUGGCUUUGUGCAGGAAACUGAGAGCAUGGUUUCCAACUAACAUUGUCAAAUUCUCUAUGCAGUUGGGAAGUGCUUUGGCUUGAGCAUACAAAACUGCAUUUCCAAUGUAUAGGAAGAAAGCGAUCGUCAAAGGGGAAAUGUAAAGGGGAUAUCUUCAAUGUUGUCAUGCACAGCGACUAUUUUCUGGACAAUUUCGUAAAUCAAAUUAGUAAACCUUUCGAUUCUGCUGUGGAGAAAAUUGCGUAGUAAAUUGUGUGAUGUACAUUUCUUUUCCUUAAUGAUGGUUAUGGAGUAUAUAUCAAACUUCAGCAUAAUAACAUUCUAUUUUUUUUAUUUUUUUUUUUUUUUUUUAACAAUAAAAGCCCUAAUUGAAUAUAUACCCCUAUGCUGUAAACUUUAUUUUCACUAUCUCCUUGAAAGUAAUGAACCAAAUUUCUACUUAUUUUUUGUA